AGAAGCUAUAGCUAACCAUGAAUUUGAAAGUCAUUUUUAUCUUAUGUCUCGUUGCGGUGUUACUAUUUCCUGAUGCCGAGGGGUGGUGGCGGAGGCGACGCAGCAGUCGGCGACGGCAAAGUUGUAAUUGGCACUGUUAUCCGAAAUGCCACGGCUACGAAUGCAAAUACAAGAAYGGAGCGAUCUCUUGCUAUAAGUUGUGUAAAACGGUAUGUUCGACGGUUUGUUCUGGGAAGCGAGAAGUACCGGCGGAAGAAGUGCCAGGAGAUGAAGAGGAUCCUGCCAAGAAGCCUUCCUCAAGAAAGAUGAAGCUCAUUCCCCUGCCCCUUCCUGACAAGUUUUCAGAUUACGAUUCCAACAACGAUGGACAAAUCUCUUACGAGGAGUUCAAGAAAGCUUUGCCUCAUGUUAAGGAUAAUACGGCUAUUCGCAAGGGAUUUCAUUUCAUUGACAGAAACGGCGAUUCGCACAUCGACUGUAAAGAAUUCCUGAAGUCUCAGUUGAAUGCCCACAAAGCAGAAGUGUGCUAAACACAAGAAGAUACGUAAAGAACUAGAAGCCAAGAAUAAUGUAUACCAAAGAGUGUUAAAAAUAUCAUAUAAGCAAAACUGUUAAAUUAAAUCAAAAGUAAAAUAGAGUAAAACAAUGUUCCAAGCACUGA